GCGAAGCAUCCCGGAAUGCCCCGAGCGGGCGGUGCCCGACAAGAGCGCUCUCUCCCGGGAUCCCCCCGGUACCGGCAGUGCCCUGGUAGAGCAGUGCCCCUCCGUAGCCCUUUCCAUGUACGGGCAGUGCCCGAGCACAGCGGCGCCUCCCGCGUUCCCUUCCCGGUGCCCCUCCGGGGCGGUGCACGGCUCCCGCUUCCCCUCCUGGCACCGCCUCUGCCGCUGCCUCAUUUCCUGGAGCUUACGCGGAGGAGGAAGCUCCGUGCCUGCUUUCGUGCCCGGUUCUCCCCGCUCCUCCCGCCGAGCCGCCUCCUGCCCUUCGAGAUGCCGGCUUACCAUUCCACUUUAAUGGACUCAGACACCAAGCUAAUUGGGAACAUGGCACUGUUACCCAUCAGAAGCCAGUUCAAGGGCCCAGCACCUCGAGAAACUAAGGACACAGAUAUUAUAGAUGAAGCCAUCUACUACUUCAAAGCUAAUGUUUUCUUCAAAAAUUAUGAAAUUAAGAAUGAGGCUGACAGAACACUGAUCUAUGUGACCCUCUACAUUUCUGAGUGCCUGAAAAAACUGCAGAAGUGUAACUCCAAAGGCCAGGGAGAGAAGGAAAUGUACACACUAGGAAUCACUAACUUCCCAAUUCCAGGGGAGCCUGGCUUUCCACUGAACGCCAUUUACGCCAAACCUGCCAACAAGCAGGAGGAAGAGGUGAUGAGGGCCUACCUGCAGCAGCUGAGGCAAGAGACCGGCCUUCGCCUUUGUGACAAAGUGUUUGAUCCCCAGAGUGACAAGCCAAGCAAGUGGUGGAUCUGCUUUGUGAAGAGGCAGUUCAUGAACAAGAGUCUCUCAGGCCCUGGGCAGUGAAGCAAAGUGGCAACAACUUUAAGCAUUUCCACAGCAAGAUGUUCAAGUCUUUUGCCUUUGUUUUGGAUACGUUUUGUACCAAGGAAGAAUUAAGUGCUUAUGAAGUUAAAAAAAAAAGAAAAAAACCAAACCUGUCAAUGAGUGAUAGAGGGAGGGAGAGCAAAAAGAUAAGUUGUGUAAGCAAAUAUUAUUAAGCUGGUGCUUAAUAAGUGAUUUCUAACGUGCUGUUUCAGAUGCAGGCUGCUUUGUAAUCGUGGCUACAGCAUUUAAAACAGGGCUUGUAUUUAAGAGAAGAAAUGGGCUUGGCUGUGGGGCAGGGGAGCUGUGUUAUUGCUCUGCUGGCUGGAGUCUGGGUGUCGUAUGUCCAGGGAAAACAGACCUCUCACGCUGUGUUGUCCAGUGCGGUGAUUUUUACCUUGUUUUCAAUAAAAUUCGCUUGUAAUUAA